AUGAAAUCUGCUACAUCGUCGGCUCCCUCUCGGGGUAAGAGAUCGCCGGAUGCUCUUCGGGAGCCCCGGCCCCGAAAGAGGGAGAAGUAUGCAAAAAUGGCCUGCUCACUAUGCAAGGUCCGAAAGGUCAAGUGUAGUGGUAACCAACCCUGUAACCGAUGUGAGGAGCUCCAUAGCCAAUGUACCUACAACGAGCCGUUCCAGCCUGACGGUGCUGAGACCUUCGACCCCCAACCGGUCCAUCAAGACCCUGAAUUCACGGUCCUACGAAUGAACAGGAUCUUUGACCAGAUGCAACAAUCCAUGAGCCGCUUUGGUCUCGCUCCUCCACGCAGGUCCUCCUGUCUGCAACGAAGACAAGAGAACGACGAGCUACCCCAGCCAAAUAAGCCCCCCACCCUUACGGAUCCCGGACACACCUUGAGCCUCACACAAGAUGCUAUGAGGGAAAGGGGCCUGUUAUCUCCUCCACACUCCCAAGAUACCCCCCAUCCGGUCGUUCAAGACCAAUUAAAAUUUCCUGAUGCUUUGAUCAACUUACUGCAAGCUGAACGACCCUUGCUGGAACUCGGUCACGAGAAGGUCACUCAGUUUUUUACAAUAUUUAAGGACGAGGUUUACCCUUUCUAUCCUUGUGUUAACUUGGACCUUGGCCAUGAAGCUAUUAGUAAUGUCUUUUCAACGUUGAAGAAUAAUUAUCACGGAGUCAUCCUCAACAUGGAUAUAAUCGAUGUGGAGGUCACGAAGGCGGUCGUGGCAAUUGCUUUGUUGCUCAGGGAUGACAGUCAAAGCCCGUUAGCGUCUGAUCUUGAAAGCCAGUUGGUGUGGACCGUGGAUUCUUGUUUCGAUCAAGAGAAGCCUCAAGUUGAGGAUAUCGUCAUGGCAAUAUUGUUGGAACCACAUGAGUCCUAUAUAUCAACCAUGAUCUCCUUAGACAGAAAUCUCUCCGAGACAUGGACUGUCGUCAACUCUCCGUCAUCUCUAUCCAAAAACAACGAAGAAAGGAUUGAAUUUCUCAACUUCCAACUACAAAAGCUUGUGGACAAGAUACCGACGAGCGAUUUCAAGUCUCUAGAACCAACAGUAGCCCCACCAUCAUGGCUACAAGCUGGACUCAAACGAUUCUGUCAUCUUCGCGUGCACCAUAUCAAAAUUCUCACACAGAUCAGCACAUCCGGCUCAAUAAGAGACUUGAUAUCAAACCCAACAUCGAAUAAUAAUCUUGUUGCCGCAGCUGCAAAAUCGGUCGAUCUGCAUUUGGAAAUGGUCGAUGCUGGGGAAAUCAGUCCUCUCGUGCUGCCCAUAACGAUCAAAUUGCUUUUGGCCUCUCUGUCUCUCAUGAUGUUUGCCGUCUCACACUGUCCUGACGAGUAUGGACCACUGUGUAGCAAGCCCUUUGAAACAGCCAUUCAUAUCCUCAGUGACGCACAGAACUACGUCAAAGACCCAGAUUUGAAUAUCUGGGGUACCUUACAUGUAUUAGAGAAGGUUGUCGAAACGAGCCAGAGGCCGCAUUCUCAGCGGUCAGCGCCCUUGAUCGGUCGUAAGGAAGACAUGGGCAAUAGUGUCGAUCCAGGAGAGGACUUUUGUGAAGGAAGUGUGUUUGAGGAGCUCCCGACGCCGAGCUCGGAAUUCUUCUCCAUGUUGGGAAGCAUGGGAGCAACAGAUGUACUUCAUAUGGAUAAUAUCUUUGGCUAA